GUCAAUUUCUAGGAAAGUCCAAUGAUCCUAGAAACACUCGACCCGAAGGCUGCACUCCGCCAUGAAGAAUUCCACAGCUUCCUUUCUCAGGAUUCAAACACCAGGAAGAGGCUCGGCCCCGCUCAGGCUACCGCAUUCCGCAUCAUGCAAGUCAUUGGAAAUGGGGCAGAGGGGCUGAUUCUUCUUUGCAGAGUUCCUCAAAGCAGGCAAUCUUUUGCUUUGAAGCUGUUCUUCCAGAAUCAACCGCCUCUUCCUACUCAAAAUAAAAUUUGGCCACUCAAACUCGAAAGCCGAUAUUAUGCUGGAUGCGCAUAUGCCAGUGUACAUUUCUCGAAGCCAUCAGCUUCCCCACAUCACUUACCGCGGAUGCCGUUUGAAAAGUGGAUUCAACUAUUCGAAACUUGCCCAUCUGGGAAAGGGAUUUGGAAAUCAAUCGAGGCUGAUCUAUCAUUUGCUCCACCGGAGAUCGUAGAAAAGGAAGAAUUGAUGAGCCUCCUGGAGCCAAUGUGUGCAAAAGGCUGGGUAGCCUUUGAUAUCAAUAUUCUAAACAAGUUAUACCACAACUUGCCCAGAAACGCCAAGUUUCUGGUGGCCAAAUUUACUGGAAAAAUAAUAGUGGGUAUCGUGAAGCCGUUCUUCGAGAAGGAUGGUUCCAUUGAGAGUGAUCUAGAAAGACAGAUUCAGACAAUGUUGUUGAUGAGAUCCCUCAAUUGGGGGCUACGCGAUGUUCAACCCCGAAAUUGGAUUAACGGUGUUCUUGUAGAUGGAGGCGAUGUUGAAACCCAGCCACGAUAUCCUCGCCAUCUAGAAAGGACCUGGGUGUCGGCGUUCUUCGCGGUUGUGAAGGUCUACGCGAGUGACAAGAAGACAAGAGAGGGGCAUGGUAUGAAAGAAGUGCAGACACGCGAGGGAAAUAACGGUGCCAAUCUAGUCGAAGCAUCGGACCUUGAAAAGAGGGAGCUUCGGUUGAGAAGAAUUUUACGACUUUCCUGGGUUUCAAUUCGUAAGGAUAAAGAUGAGGUAAUGGACGAAAUGAAUAAAAGACGAUGGAAAAAUUGGCGCAUAUGGGGAUGGAUCACUAAAACCAUUCGGUAA